GAGAGAGAGAGAUGGGUUUAUUAAUUUCUAAGUUUGCUGCCCCGUCCGGCGCCAUCGUCGACCCGCGGUUCUGCGCGUCGUACCCGAUCGACCUCACGUUCUUCAUCGACGCCGCCUGGUUGAACUGUGACCACCUCGCGGUGACCGACAUCAACGGCAACGUCGUCUUCAAGGUCGAAGCCCAUAAGUGGAGCCUCAGAAACAGGCAGGUGGUCGUCGACGCCUCCGGCAAGCCUGUGAUUUCGAUGCAGCAGAAGCUGAGCAGCAUCCAUGACCGGUGGCUAGUCUUCAAGGGAAAUAGCUCAGAUCCUAAGCAUCUGCUGUUUAGCGUCAGGAGGAGUUCUGCUUUCCAAUUCAAGACCGAGUUGGACGUGUUCUUAGCUGCCAACAAGGAGGAGGAGGUGUGUGACUUCAAGAUCAAGGGAAGCUUCCGCAACAGAUCAUGCACUGUGUACAAGGGCGACUAUUCCAUGGUGAUCGCGCAGAUGAGCAAAGAAUACAAAUUAGUGAAUGGAUUGGUAUCCAAGGAUGCUUUCGGGGUGGCCGUCAACCCAAACACCGACUACUCCUUCAUUACUGCUCUGACCAUCAUUCGAUAUAAGUUCUUUAAAAAAGACACUGGAAUCUCUGAUGUAAUCUCUGAUGUAAUCUCUGUUGUAAGCUCAAAUGGAAUCUCAACUGCACUCAUAUCUGCAAUCUCAGCUGCACUAGGUGGAUCCUAA